AUGUCUUUGAUUCCAAGUUUCUCUGAUGGCCGAAGGAGCAACGUAUACGAUCCAUUCUCCCUCGACGUUUGGGAUCCCUUGAAGGAUUUUCCAUUUCCAAGUUCUGCAUUUUCUUCUUCAUUCCCUCGGGAGAAUUCUGCUUUUGUGAGCACAAGAGUGGAUUGGAAGGAGACCCCAGAAGCACAUGUGUUCAAGGCUGAUCUCCCUGGAAUGAAGAAGGAGGAAGUGAAGGUUGAGAUUGAAGAUGAUAAAGUUCUUCAGAUAAGCGGAGAGAGGAACGUUGAGAAAGAAGACAAAAACGACCAAUGGCAUCGCGUUGAACGCGGCAGUGGAAAGUUCAUGAGGAGAUUCAGAUUGCCUGAGAAUGCCAAAAUGGGUGAAGUGAAAGCUUCAAUGGAGAACGGUGUUCUAACUGUGACUGUUCCAAAAGAACAAGUCAAGAAGCCUGAUGUUAAGUCCAUUGAAAUUUCGAGCUGA